GCUAUAAGUAAUGGAUAUGGUUCCUGCCGACUUGGUGCCUACCGUCUGUAAAACAAAGGAAGCUACGUACGGUACUUCACUACCCCACCAAAGCUUCCAGGUUCUCAACCCACUUUCGUCAUCGGUGCUCCCAAUUUAGGAGCUUUCUCUUUUCUAAGUUCUUUAAGUUCAUCUAGAGUUCUACCAAGACACCAACACUCUUUCGCUCCUUGAAACUUCUAGAUAAACGAGAGGUCAAGUCGGAGUCGCCGGCAAUGGAUCAAAAAGUAGAUGAUUUAUUGAGGCGACCCCUCUAUGUCUACGAUCUACCCGACCAGGUCCUUAGCACCCUCUCCUUAAAGCAGGACGCAGCCGACGCCGGACCACAGAGCAUAGAAGAGGAGUCUACCAAGGCAACACCGCAGACACAAGAUGUACCGAGCAGCUCCUCGGUAGUAGGCUCACCGUCAUGCUCACUAUGCGCUCUCUCGUUUGCAUCCGUGCAAGACCAACGCGGCCAUCUAAAGUCGGAUCUACACCACUACAACCUGAAGCAAAAAUUGAGAGGAAAGAGCCCAGUCUCUGAAGUCGAAUUCGAGAAACUAAUCGCAGACCUCGACGAAAGCCUUUCGGGAUCCGACUCCCCUGAUUCCGACGAGGACGAAGACGAUGAGAAGGAGAGCAAUCUCCUAACGACCCUCUUGAAAAAGCAGGCCAACUUAGCCGAUAGGAAGAAUGGUGGUGGUACAGAUGACAACCAAGAAGAUAAUGAAGAUGGGUAUUCUCCGAAGAGACAGAGGGGUGGUGGCGCGCAACCAUUACUUUGGUUUAGCUCUCCCAUCCUUCCCCAGAAUAGCUAUUUUGGCGUAUAUCGAGCUAUAUUCAAAUUGGAAGAAUCUAGAGAUGAAAGCAAUAUCGUCAAUAUCAUUAAGAAGAAACAACUACAACCGAUAGCCGUACCCAAACCCGGCCCGGACGGCAAUUUUGCACCUGCUGUCUACAAAGGUCCGCAUAUAUUCCUUUGCAUGAUCGGCGGUGGUCACUUCGCAGCUAUGGUAGUCUCUCUGGCGCCGCGGCAAACGAAGCAUGGGUCAACAGGCCCCUUGAAUAGAGAGGCCACGGUUCUAGCCCAUAAAACAUUUCACAGAUACACUACAAGAAGAAAACAAGGUGGCUCGCAAUCGGCAAAUGACAAUGCGAAAGGGAACGCGCAUUCGGCCGGUUCUAGUAUCCGUAGGUACAACGAGCAGGCCCUGACAGAUGAGGUCCGACUACUCUUACAGGACUGGAAAGGCCUACUGGACACAUCGGAGCUGCUAUUCAUUCGCGCAACGGGAGCCACGAACCGGAGAACACUCUUCGGCCCUUACGAAGACCAAGUCCUACGAGCUAACGACCCACGCAUACGGGGUUUCCCCUUCAGCACGCGACGAGCCACGCAGAACGAGCUAAUGCGGUCUUUUAUCGAGUUAACUCGGCUGAAAGUUCGCGAGAUCGACCCAAAUCAACAAAUCAAGACACAAGAGGAAACAUCUACUAAAGCUGCCUCUUCCAAACCUGCGAAACCAGCAGCCCCCAAGUUGUCAGAGGAGGAAGAGACAGCGCUACUACAUACGUCACAACUCCAAGCCUUCAUCCGCAGAUCCAAGCUUCAAGCUCUCUUAUCCUACCUCAAAAGCAAUGAUGUUCCAGCAAAUUUCCUCUUCCAACCCGCCGACUCGCCGCAAAACUACCACGCUCCCACGCCCCUUCACCUGGCUGCGAACCAGAACUCAGCGCCGCUCGUCCUAGGCCUAAUCGUGAAGGGGGGCGCGGACCCCACGCUCAAGAAUAGGGAGGGCAAAACGGCCUUCGAGCUCGCGGGAGAUCGGCCGACGAGAGACGCUUUCCGCGUCGCACGCGACGAACUUGGCGAGGGGAAGUGGGAUUGGGAGGCUGCGAGGGUGCCACCGGCGCUUUCGAAAGUCGAAGCGGAUAAGCGCGACGAACGCCAGCGCAAGGAAGCAGAGGCGAAAGAAGCCGAGCGACGCAAAGCUGAGGAAUUAAGGCUCAAAAGCGAAGGCCCGAAGGUCCCCGAUGCGAAUGGGGGUGGUAAGGGCCGAGGGAGAAGCCUGCUAGAUGCCGGCGUGAAGAAGACGGCGCAGGAUAAGAGAGAGGAGGAGGCGCGCGGGUUGACGCCCGAGCAGAGGAUGAGGCUCGAUCGCGAGAGGAGGGCACGCGCGGCUGAGGAGAGGUUUAGGAGGAUGCGGGCUGGUGGUGGUGGGGGCUAAGGGGGUAGCGAGCAGAUAGUCUGCGGUAGAUCUACGCAUUUCGUGCCUAGCUAGGUGAUGACAUGGUAAAUCGGGCUUGCGAGGAAUAGGGGCGGGGGCGGAAAGAAAGACACGCAAUAACAAAAAGCAAAAACUGUCGAGUGCCGAUCAUAUCGCGCAGGUGAUCUGAUCGAUCGGAUCACCCGCAGCGCCAGCGCCAUCGCCAUGAAAAGGCGUAUCCCUAGCCGCCGGAGACGUUUUUGGCGUAGAUUCCGCCCGGGCUGCUUUUUGCGUAGCGCGGCGUUUAGUGGAGAUUGGGAAUGGGGAAUGUUGUACCCUCUUAGAAUACGCGUUGUGAACUGAGACAACCUCUUGGGAAGGAAGCGGGCGCUGAGCGGAAACAAAAAAAAAAAAAAAAAGCGCUUUAAAAACGCUUAUUUUGUGUAAGCGCCACUUACAAGAGUAAUAUCCCGAGAGGACCAAUGGAACGUCCACACAACAUCUGCAUAGGUAGGCAGCUAGCCAUGAAAGAAAGAAAGAAAAGAGAAAGAAAUUUCCGUUG